AUGUCUGACUCGCAUCCAAGUGGUACAUCGACUUCUGCCAGCCAAGAUAGAGAUCUUCCCCAUCAGCUGAUCACUCUCAGCGCCACAGAUAUUGCAGCUACAUUGGCGAUGGCUGCAUCACAGGCAGCUGAGAUGGAUUUGCCGUGUGCACGAAUCACCCACUUCAAAACUGGGCUUCAAUGGGAGAUCUCGACCUUUGUGACACCAGUCCUGCAGUACUCAGCUGCACACAACAUCAUUUCAGUCAUGCCAAUCCCCGUUGCUCAUCUGCUGCUCUUGAUCCCGCAGCAAAGCUGGACUGAGGUUCCGGACCAUGUCUUUGCAGCUCAUCUGGCUCCCAGCGAUCCCUCGCACAUCAUUCCAGACUAUGAUACUCCGUGGUGGAUGGGGCACACCACCAUUCCGAAUGAACCUUGGCAAUGGAAUCGGGUCAUGGAGUGUUGUGGAUUCCACUAUGAGCACUGGCUGGGUGGUGUUGAGGAUGAUGGUCUGAUUCUUCUGGAGAUGCGGGAGGGCAUCAGAGAUAAGAUGGGUGAGAUACAAAUGUACACUGGUAUCCUCACCCGAUUGCAGCAAGCCAGGGAGAAUCACCGAAUCCCACAUACAGAAAUGAAUUUCCGAGUGCUCGACGCUCGGUGCUUGGCAGUUGGUACUUGGCGCUCGGCACUCAUUAGUGCAGCCUCGGGUCUGAUCACUCGGUCCUCGGUGCUCCGUCUUUACCGAGUACCGAGUACCAAGGACUUCCGGGUCCUGCUCCUCAGUAGUGAAGACUGGCACUGA